AUGAGUGCAAGAAUACAUAUCUAUCUAUCCAAUAUCUAUCUAUCUAUCUAUCUAUCUAUCUAUCUAUCUUAUGUUACUGUUAACCAGCGCCGCUGUGCAGAGCGAGGGCUCUGUAGCCCACCAACGCAGUUUUGGUUUAAGCUGGCUUUCAAAUAUGAGCCAGUUUCGAGGCUUUCUGGGUCAAUGUCAGUUGUCUGUUGGCAUUGCAAUGCUAAAAAAGUGCCUGGAGAGUCUGCAGGUUUGUGUUGUUCAGACGGUAAGGUACAGUUGCCACCUUUUCAAGAGCUACCUGCUCCGUUGAAAGCUCUGUUGGAGGGUUCCACUUCAGAUUCCAAACGUUUCAUCGCUAAAAUCAGACAGUACAAUUGUGCCUUCCAGAUGAUCUCUUUUGGUGGUAAUGUCUUCCGCGAAGUCAGUUGGAAUCCCACCUUCAAGGUUCAAGGUCAGGUUUACCAUGGGAUUGGGUCUCUUUUGCCGGAAACUGCCACUGAUUCGGCCUUUCUACAUAUAUACUUCAUAGCUGACAACAAUCAACAGGCAGAUGCCCGCAUGGGCAUUAUUCCCGAUAACGAUACAGGCCAGGACAAUCAUCCUCGCAGUGAUAUCAUAAUGAGUCUCCAACAAAUGCUCCACGAGACAAACAGCUAUGUCCGCAGUUUUAAGUAUGCUCUCGAAAAUAACACUUCUUCUGAUUUCAUUAUUGUAAUUGAUGCUGACAAACGGCCUCAGGGAGAGCACGAACGUCGUUACAAUGCUCCCGUAAGUAACGAAGUUUCCGUCAUUGUCAGCGGUGAUCAGCACAAUGGACGUGAUAUUGUUAUCGAAUCACGCGACAGUGGGAUCCGAAGAAUCAGUGAAACGCACCGGUCCUACGAUGAACUGCAAUACCCACUUCUCUUCCCUUACGGAGAAGAUGGUUACCACUUUGGCAUUCUGCAAAAUGGGUCCACCUUAAAAACAGUGUCUUGCACUGCUUUCUACGCCUACCUCUUGAUGGUACAUGAGGGUGCAUUCAAUCAUCUUCAUCGAAGCCGGCAACUUUUUCAUCAAUUCAUGAUAGACAUGGCUGCUAAGAUGGAAUCCGAAUGA